CCGACGUAAAAACCAUUAGAAAUCCCUAAAAAGAAGCUCACACGUACAAAACCGCCUGAAGCAUUUUCAAAGAAUGAAAUUCAGUACAUCACAAACCUAGUCUUCGAGGGAGAUUUUAGCGGGACGACGUGUAUGAGACAUUAUAUAUUCAAAUUGAUGAGCGGCGGAUUAAUAUGUAGGGCUGGUUUCAAAACUUGCAGGUUUGAUUUCGUGCUGCGAGUCGAGGACAGCUAGCUUUGUUCCACCACCAACGCAUACGAUUCCCGAUAGAGCAUAGGUCGACGGGACAAUCUCUCGCUUGUUUUUGCAGCGCUUAAGCCAACAAAAGAAGGAAACCAACACUAGAAGGGGACACAAAGAUGAGGGAUACCGCGUUGGAAGAGGUUUAAAAGAGACUACUGAGAGACACUUAAGACAAAGAUUGGACAACAUAAACAUUAUUCAUUAGUAAAUGGUUGAGACAACAGACGGGCGAAUAUUCUGACUCGAGGACAAAACAGGGCCCCAUAAACAUCAGGAGAUAUCGCUUUCAUUACUUCAUCACUACAGGGGCAACAAAGUUAGCACCAGAGAAAAGGAACAGGACGAUAAAAUCUCGAGAACUUAAUUGAACUUCAAGGAAACAAUUAACAAAACCAACACUUCUGGAAUGUAAGCAAUUUACACGCGUUGAAACCUUCGACUUCGGUAAGAGAGCGCGUUAAACCUGCUAUACAACCAUUCCCAAAGAAGCGUAACAAGCAUCUACACACGUCAAGUUUCAUCAUCUUAGCAUCGCUUGUUAUAUAAACUCGCAGAUUAGGCGGCGAUACAUCUUACAGACAAGCCGCCGAAUAAACUGUGAAGGAAAGGUAAGACCAGACGUUCUAUUUGCUCAACAGACUUCUUUUUGCGAAGCCUUCAAACAUCAUUUCAACCUUUUUGAACAUCGUUGCGCACCAUUAUUUGACACCUAUUGCAGCCAUUUCAGGUAAAUCCGGUGGACAAUUUACCAAUAACAACAUCGAAAAGUCUGGGCGUAAUUGCAAAUGAGCACGCAUCACCAGUCUCACAACUUCACGGUUAAACCGAGCAAGUUACCGUUAAACUAUACAACAAUCAACAUCACAAUGAACACAUCAACAGAAAGUGGGUUAAGGGACCAAUGCCCGAAAAACAUCGACUCAGAUUCCGUAUACGUCAUCAAGCUUCUGCUGUACUUCGUUGCCAUGGUGAUUUCCUUCGUAGGCAACACGAUGCUGAUAUACGCGGUUAAACGCCAUCGACGCAUGCGUAGUGUGACAAACUUCCUCAUUGUCAACAUGGCAGCGAGCGAUUUGUUUAUAACGGUGUUUAACAUGCCAACGUAUAUAGAAAUCCUGAUAACGCGGAACGUGGACUGGAUUGCUGGAAGCCUCGGAGUGUUCCUCUGUAAGCUUGUCCUGUUUAUACAAGGCGUGUCUGUCUCCUGCUCGGUCUUGAGUCUUACAGUACUCGCCAUCCACCGUUAUCUUAGCGUGAUGCAUCCGUUGAAAAAGCUCCUCAACCGCUAUAACGUCAAGUAUGCGAUCGUUGGUAUAUGGUUAUCUUCGCUGCUGUUUAUGUCUCCUUUGCUCUACGCGUUGAACGUUGUGAGCUAUGAUGGGGUUUACAUAUGUGACGAAAAAUGGGGACCUCUGUUUGACGAGGAGCUCGCCCCUAGGACCUACACCGUCGUACUAUUCGUUCUGUUAUACGCUUCGCCACUUCUGAUCAUGGCUGUACUCUACGGUAUCCUGAUAUUCAAUCUGUGGUUCCGUUGCCCCUCCGAAGGCAUCCCGAAUGAAAGCCGAAGACAAUCCGAGGACAUAUUAAGCAUCAACCGACCAAACGUAGAAGAGGUGCUUCGGACAUCGCGGUCCAAGAAACUUGUGCUCAAAAUGCUAGUGACAGUGGUGGUCGUGUUUGCGCUGUGCUGGAUACCAAUGCACGUCCGCUCAUUUCUGUACUUCUUCGACAAAGACAGUUACCCAUGUGGGUUGCCCACAUCCUUGGAUUUUAUUGGCUACUUCCUAGGUCACGUGAACAGCGCGUUGAAUCCUUGCAUUUACAUGUUCUUCAGUGAGGGCUACCGUCAAACUUUCAAGGGACUUUUCUUCAGCGGUUGGAGGAAAAGAAAAGUCAAGCGGUACGCAUGCGCAGUAGAACUGCGUAAACUACAACUUAACGUUGGUAACUAUUAGACGCAUGCGCACUCACGUCGAGGUAACCAGGCCAGAAGUUGGGUUGCUCGUUAUUUUCCCUCUGGAUCAACGCUCGCCUUCAAGACCAAAGUUGUUGGAGUGUUGGAAAAGAGGGUAAAUCAGAUGUCAUAUGGUCAUUCCCUAAGGAAAAACACAGCGAAUUGCUAGAGGGCAAGGGAAUAGUGGUAGCUAGUGUAUGAACAUUCAGUGUCAUUGUUCAAAAACUUAAGGAAAAGCAAAAACAUGUAA